GGAAAAUAUAGAUAAAGAAAGGAGGUGCACCAGUGUGAAGGGCGAGGAGCAAAGAGACUGAAGAGGACAACCACAGCUGGAGAGGAACGGGGAGAUAAAUGAGAACCUGCAAAUAAAAGGCAGCGAUUGAGGAAUAAUUAAGUUCAUGACAUAAAGAGGACGAGGAUUUUCAGAACAUCAAGUUCACAGCAAGAAUGGACAUGCAGCAGAAGAGCAAAGUCUUCUUCUAAGGAGGAAGAGCAGUGUUUGAAUCCGAAUCAAGACGAUUUCCUCAUCAUGAUUUAUUCAAAACACAAUUCUAGGAACUUGCACAAGAAGAGCAACUUGGUUCCGGGGUAGAAUGAAGAGAGGACCAAAGUGAUACCUGCCGAGUUUGUGAUACCCUGCUGUUGCUGCUCCUCCUCCUCCUCCUCCUCCUCUUCACCUCAGACUCAACCGCUUUCCUCUCCUCCUUCAAUUCAACUAACAUCCUCCUCCUCCUGUCCUGGUAUCUCCUCUCCUCACUUCUCCAUCUGCUCACUAUGUGGAUACCAGCUUUGCUCCUAUGGGUGCUUAACAUUAGCAAUUUGUGCUCAGGACAAGACUACAUGGACUAUUACCAAACUGGAGACAUGGGCACCGUGGCUCCUGAGUUGUUAGAUGACCAGCCCAACUUAGACACAGUAACAAAUAUGGAGCAGCUAUUACAGCUUCUGUACCCGGAAUACAAUUUACUUCAGCACUGCCUGAGGAAGAAGUCUUGGCACGCCUCCUCUCCCCCCUCUUUUUCAGCCAUCAAAACGAGCCCUAUGGAUUACUCCAACGAUGAAGAUCUCUGGGGUCAGCCAAGGGAGGAGGCUCUUUACAAAGUUGAUGGGACUAUUGGAGUCAUCCUAGAGGAGCUGAAACGGACUUCGUGCCAACCCAGAGAAGUGUGUGUUGAGGUCUCAAAAGAAUACCCAGAAUCCACCAGUCAGUUCUACAUCCCUCGAUGUGUGGCGCUGCAUCGGUGCGGUGGAUGCUGCCCCGAGGGCCAUUACUGCGCCAAUACAAGUCACUCACUUGUAAACAAGACCUUGAUGGAAUUGACCCCUCCCAGGAUGGAACACUCAGUCGUCAUGGUAACCUUUGUCAACCACACUUCGUGCGAAUGCCUACCCAAGCGGCCGCUCCACUCCAUCAUAAGACGAGCCGCAACACAUCACCUGUGUUCCCCUCCUGAUGUUCCCUGUGCCUCAGGGUCAUUGUGGGAUCCAAUGAAUUGUAUGUGCGUCUCUUCACAUGUCAUAAACUUCUCUGAGAGAGAGACUGAUAUUGUGGACACCAGUCUUCUGGCUCUCUGUGGGCCCAACAGGGUUCUGCAGGAAUCCACCUGUGAUUGCAUCUGUCGAAACGGACUGACCGAGGACAGCUGCGACCCAGGCUGGAAACUGGACCACGACACCUGUGAAUGCCAGUGUGAAGGUCAAGGUGACGGGAAGUGGUGCCCUGCUGGCCAGCGGUGGGAGGAAGACCUGUGUGGCUGCGUAUGUGCGGCAGAUUGUCCUGGAAAUCAGCCCCUCAACCCCGACACUUGCCUGUGUCAGUGCAGAGAGAGUCCACACUCAUGUCUGCGGCAGGGCAAGAAGUUCAACCCCAACACCUGCAGUUGUUACAGGUUGCCGUGCAGAAAUCCCAGACGCAUAUGCUCGCCCGGGUUUUACUACAGCCACCCAGUCUGCCAGUGCAUCCCCAACCACAUGAGGCCUAAGUGGAAUUAACCAAUCACAGGCCCGACAGUGGAGCAGGAGUGAUUGCCCUUUAACCCGAGGCUUCAAACUCUUUGGCCAGAAAACAAAGGAAGCUGACAUAACUCUUUGAAUGGAGGACAGGAAUUACAUUAACUUGUAUUGGAUUACAGCAGACUACAAGGAGUACUUGGAGGAGUUUAAAUGAGGCGGCCUGCGCUCUGAUACUCUUCCAGUAAGCUGCAGGAUAAUGUUUUUUCCAAUGAAACAAUAAGUCCAACAAUAUGCAGUGAAACCGGUAAAUGACAAGGAGAUGAGGAGAUAUGACUCUCUUGGACCCGGUCUGUCCAAACAACCCGUCACAAUUCCUACAAACUAUACUGCAGAGAGUGGGCGGGAUGGACCAACCAGAACCUUAGUCAGCAUUCGUCCCGGCUGCAGCGUGUUUGAGCAAGAAUGUCAACCACGACCGUGUGAAAUGGAAAGUGGAACAGGAUAAUAACAUAGCAGCUUGCGAUCACAACCCCCCCCCCCCCCACCACCCCAGAUUAAGCUGUUGGUAGCAGGCAGCAGAGUCGUGACAUAUUUGAGAGGUUGAAGGAUUUACUUUUGCAGAACUCUUUUAGCAGAGUUGAUAAUAUAUAUUUUAUUGUUCCAUUCAAAGCCCCAGAGACUAUUUCCAACGACAGAUUUUAAUAUGAGUGUGUCUGUUUUAAGAGGGAUAAAGUGAAUCCCUCACUGCAGCUGAGGGGUUUUCUUCUGGCACAUGAUAAAAAAGAGCAUUUUUACAUCUAGAUGCCUUGCUGGUGCGGCGUCCUUGAUUUUUUUAAAUAAGAGAAAAGCAGUUUCAUUAAAAGCUGAUUUAAACACAGAUCCCCACAGUUCUUUUAUUCCAGUUUCUACUUGCCUCUACUGCAGUGCUGCUCUUUGAAGAUUCCCUUCAUACAUGGCUGAAUACAUUCACAAUGGAUGGCAACACUUGGGUAGUUUUAGUUCUUCUAAUUUAACUUUACACAUUCUAUGUAAAAUAUUUUGUAAAUAUUGAAAUCUUUUUUUUGUUUUCAUAUUUAAAACAGUGACAUUUUAAGGAUGGACUUGCACUGUUGUAUAAUACUGUAUUUAAGUCACCAUCAUAACUAAAUAUUGUUUCCAUUAGAUGUCUUUGUACUCUGCUAGUUUUAAUAAUGAUGGAGAAAUGGUCAUUUAACUGUCAUCUUUUCCUGCACUGCAAAAGAUUGAUGUUAAGUCAUAUAAAAAGCCUCAGCUUCAAAAUGAUCUUCUGGCUCAAAAAUACCCGAAAUGUUAAGAUGAAGAUUUAGUGCAGUGUAGAAACGAUUUUAGUGUUUUUGCUUCAUGGAUGCAGAGAACCAUUAUAUUGUUGCUAUGAUUAAAUAUUUAAAUUAGUUCUGACGUGAUGAUUAAAAGUAUUGUCAGAC